AUGUGGCAGGAUGCUUUGCAGACCCUGCAGAGAAUGCAUGAACAGCACAUAGAUCCAGGACCACUUCACAUAGCCUCUGUGCUUGACGCCUGCAAAAAGCUCUCACCGUCUUCAUUGCCUGACCAAGACAUCAUGUCCAGUUUGGUCACGCUUUUGCAGGCAUCCGUGGAGGUCAAGCUACGGCACUGUCAAGGACUCCAUAAAGUUGAGGAGCUUCUGCCGGUGCAAGCCACACGUCAGGAGACAACAAAGCAUGUCAUCGCUGGCAUGGAGUGUUUAUCUCGGCAUGUGUGGCCAGAUGCAGUGGAAGGCUUGCUUCGACUCUUUGAUGAGGUUUUGUACCAUCCCGUGGUCCAGCUGUUAAACCGUCUCAUCUCCGCAGCUGAUGACACAGAGCGUGAUGCAGUGCUUCGCGGUGGUCAGUUGGAGGACUUGUACGGGUUAGGCGCCCGCUGCACCAGCCGAGCGCUGCUGGACCUUGGGCUCAGCGGGCUUCCGUCUCCUGCUUGGCGAUCGAAGGCACAGAAGCUAGCAAGACAAGUCUUGCGGCAAAAGGCCAAGCAACCCAAUCUUUGGCCCGAGCGCCCAUCAGCACAAAGCCUGGUGGUUUGGUGUGCCUACGAUUUACUUGAUGAAGAUGGAUCGGUCUGGAAGGAAGGAUGCGUGGUUCCUUCGGCACCAGCAGACUCAGCAGACCAAGAUGACGAUCUUUUGCUACCCGUCUUUGUGGAACAUGACCGUUCAAGACACGCAGAGCGACACGCACUGCUAAAGAUAAUCCAGAAGAUUCAGCGGGAAGGUCGGUGUUUUCACCAGAUUUCUGGGGAGAUCUGUCUUUACGCAGCGCACACCCCCUGCAUCUCAUGCCUGGCAGUGUUCUGUCAAUUUCGAUGUUUGUUUCCGCAUGUCCGCCUCAAUGUCCAGUUUGAUGAUUGGUCCACCACACGGCGGGCACUCAUUGACCUGGAUCAGCGAUAA